AUGAGAAAAUCAGGCCACUCAAAGCUUCACAUCGCCAUGUUUCCAUGGGUUGCCUAUGGUCAUUUCAUCCCUUUCUUUCAUCUCUCUAAUAAGCUGGCUCAUAAAGGCCACCAAAUUUCCUUCUUUGUGCCCAAAGGAGUUCAACCAAAGCUUGAAAACAUGAACCAAUACCUCAACUUGAUUCAGUUCUUUCCUCUACUUAUACCCCAUGUCGAUGGCCUCCUUCCAGGUGCUGAAACUACAUCUGUUGUUCCUCUGAACCAACAAAAAUACCUUGCUUUUGCCGUAGAUCAAACCAGGGACCAAGUUGAAGGAAUCUUAAAGGUUAUAAAACCAGAUAUAGUUUUUUAUGAUUUCUGGUUUUGGAUCCCAGACUUGGCUCGCCAACUUGGGAUCCUCCCCAUAUUCUAUGUAGUGGUUUCCUCAAUGUCGAUGGGGUUAAACACCAAGGCACUAACCAAAGAAAUGAAUGUAGACGAGGUGAUGGAAUUGCCUCCUGGUUGCCCUCCUUCUACGGUGAAACUCAAACCUGAAGAGGCUGCUGCAAUGUUGUUUGAGGCUGAGGAUUUCGGAAGUGGACUGUCGUUUCGGGAACGGAUAAGGACUGCUGUGAAAGGAAGUGAUGCCAUUGCCUUCAGGACUUGCAGUGAAAUCGAUGGACCAUUUGUGACUUUGUCGCUGAAGGAUUUGGGAAGCCUGUUUUGUUAUCAGGGCCUUGUUUGCCUGAAACGAAUACCUAACAGCUUGAUGAGAAAUGGGUUAGUUGGAUUCUCGACGGUUGAAGAAGCACUGCCGGAGGGGUUUCAAGAUAGGGUUGGAGGAAGAGGGUUGGUGUAUGGAGGUUGGGUUCCACAAGAGCAACUAUUGCACCACCCUAACAUCGGGUGUUUUGUUAACCACUGUGGGUAUGGAAUAAUGUGGGAGUUUUUGCUUAGUGACCGCCAAAUUGUGUUGAUACCUGAAAUUGGGGAUCAAAUUUUGAACACCAGAUUAAUGGUGAAUGAACUCAAGAUUGGAGUUGAAGUGGAGAGAGGUAAAAACAGGGAGGUUUCAAAGGAGUCAUUGAGUGAAGCCAUCAAGUUUGUGAUGGACAAGGACAAUGAAACAGCUAAUAUGAUGAAGAAAAACCAUGCAAAGCUGAAGCAAAUACUGUCUAAUAAGGAUUUUCAAGAAGGAUAUAUCAACAAUUUCAUCAAAGCUCUACAAGAUCUUGUCAAAUAG